UGUAUCUGUGGAGAGAGAUAGAGAGAGGGAGAAAGAGAGUAGAAUCCCUCCCAGAUCCACCACCGAAGCUUCUCUGCCUACCAAAUCAUCAAAUUCACCGCACUUCUAUGAAUUUCUUCGCCAAUUCGGGGUUCUGAUUCUCAAUUUCGUCGCGGAUGGAACGAUACAGGAUAUCGGACGAUGAAGUGGAAUUCGAUUCCAGAUCAUCAUCAUCGCCGUCGAGAUCACUGCCGAUUUCGACCUCACCGUCCGAUUCCGCCGCCGGGCACAACUACAUCAUACACACCGUUGGCAAAUACGACACCGUCGCCGGCGUCGCCAUAAAAUACGGCGUUGAGGUGGCAGAUAUUAAGAGGUUAAAUGGAUUGGUGACUGAUCUCCAGAUGUUUGCUCUAAAGACCCUUAAAAUACCAUUGCCAGGGAAGCAUCCCGUGUCCCCCACCUGGUGCAAUGGUCAAGAGACUCAACGGCCAAGCAGCUCUGAGCAGGACCCAUCCAACCGUCGGCAAUCUGAUUUAUUUGAUUCGUUUCAGUCUUUAAAGUUAGGUUCUUCAGAGCCUAAAGUCUCACCAGCCAUGAACAGCUUGCGAGGUUAUUAUGGUCUCAGACAACCAGAUGAAAAAGCUUCUUCCGGAGGUUCAGACUCGAAUGGGAGAGCUAAAUAUCUUGAGGAUGGGUCAUUUUACACACCUUCAAAGCAUCCAUUGAGUCAUCAAAGGAAAUCGAGAAGUGUUGCUAAUAAUUUAAUGUAUGCAAAUGGUGGGCUGCAUGACCCACUCUUGUCACCAGAAUCUGAAGAUAGUGGCACUAGCAAAUGGAUUGAGAAGCUUUUAGGGAGGCGGCAAAUGUCUGAAACCGGAUUAACAUCUUGUCCCCCAGAAAAGCUUCUUAAGGAGGAAAGCAGCAGUAGCAGUGGCAUUUCAAGUGGAGGCUUAGCUCUCAGGUCCAAGGCAGCCUCCAGAGCUUUCUCAGGCGGAGUAGAUGCUGAGUCGGGUGGGAUGACCCCAAUUCCUUUAAAUUUGGGGGAAUCACCUCAAACUGACCCUGUCAGUGGAGUGCGCAAGUCAUCAAGUACAUCGAGUUUGAUGGAUACAGAUAUCAGCGCAUUAUCAUUGCUAUGGCCAACGUCAACGUGGAGUUUGAAGCCAGAUUUCCAGGCUCUCUCUUCUGCUGCCAUGCCUAUCUUUGACGGCCUGCCUAAGCCAAUGAGCAGGAAAAACAAAGCUGCACUUGAUUAGUGAGUCAUGUAUUCGUCACUCUAUUCUUUUGUGCACUGUCAAGGAGCAUUCAUUCCACGCUGAGAUCGGUAAAAGAUGGAUUGGAUGUGAAGAAAUAUACAUGUUUUACGAUCAUUGGUUACCGAUACGUCUCAGUUUUGAUGGUGUUGAAGAGAAGUUGGCCUUCAUUCACCUAAGGAACAGGGACAGCCAAAAAAAAGCUUGUUUUGCUGCUUUUGGAGAAUUGAUGCAGCAUGUACAUACUUUUACCGGAAUUUAUAGAUAGCAUGUAUACUGGAUUGGAUAGUCACCUUACCUUUUGAUGACAAGAGAAGAAAAGAAAAUUAUAUUUGUACUUACAUAUUUAUAUACACCAUUUAUAUUCUUUCUGCCUUCGUAUGA